AUGAAGAGGAUCCGACAAGCAAUCGCCAGAAUCUCUCGAGCUGGAAAGUCCGAGUCAGAGCUGGUCGCCAAACCCGUAUCCACAGCUUCCUCGACAACUGUAGCAGCGUCGGCGCAUACCGCCAGGACAGCAGGCAGGCGUUCGCUUGAGGGAGACGAAGAUGCGUCUGGCCCGCUGCUUCUCUACGACGGCACCGUAAAUGGUGGCGGUGACAACGGUAUCGAUAUCGUCUUUAUCCAUAGUCUCAACGGCGGGCGCAUUAGAUCAUGGCAGAGGAACGGGAUCUGCUGGCCGCGCGACCUCCUCCCACAAGAGAUCCCAAAUGCCAGAAUUGUCACUUGGGGUUGGGCGCCCCCAGGCAUGGCAGACUUCGGUGCUGGCGAUGCCCCUGCAGAGUUCGGCCAGAGAAUGGGCGAACGUCUCCUCAAAGACGUUACUAGCGUUUGUGGCAAGACGGACCGCGACCUAGUAUUUGUUGCUCACGGUGUAGGCGGUUGGCUCCUCCAGGAUGCGUUGGGAACGAUAGCCACCUCGCAGGUGUUUGGGAAACACUCCGAGCUGGGGAGGUUAUAUCCCAGAACGGUGGGCAUCGUGUUUCUAGGAACGCCACACAAAAGCGUGGGCAGGCAGUCCUUUGGCGAGGCUGUGGCCACCGUAGCUCAGGUCGAGACCAGUGCCUCCAAGGAGUACUUUGAGGGGCUAGCCUCAUGUAGCGAUGCCUUUGAGCAAUCGCGCGAUGAGUUCAUGUUGGUGUCUAGAGAUAUCCAGGUCGUGUGUGUGCGAGGGCUGCUUCCCAUGCCGAACGGAGAGACGAUACCGAAAGCCUCACUGGCAUACGAAGGAUUGAAUGUCACUGUGGAUGAUAUCAUGGAAAACCACUUGAAGAUGGCUCGUUUUGCAACGAGGCAAGACCCGGGCUACUAUCAACUUGUCGGCCAUAUCAACACUGAGGCCAAAAUCAUCCGCAAUCAAGAGAUCCUGAAGGCUCUAGACUUCGACAUGGGAAUCGAAGAAGGUCCCAGCGACGAAGCGUAUAGACAAACAUCCUCAUGGCUGCUCUCAGCCAAGGGGAGCAACGAAUCCGUAUCUCGUUUCCAUGCUUGGCUGCAAGCGCCCGGGUCCAUAUUCUGGUUCAGCGGUACCCCGGCCUCAGGCAAGUCAACGGUGAUGAAAUACGCGCUCCAUGAUCCACAGACCCGAGAGCUGCUCCAAGAGUGGGCAGGUGAACAUGAAGUCAUCGUGGCGGCCAUUUUCCUGAACGAAGGAGGCAGUCAUGUCCAGACAACCGUCAACCUGUCCCAAGCUUUCUACCAAUUGUUCGCCCGUAAGGCCGACAGCCUCCGCAUCUGUCUGUUCAUCGACGGCCUCGACGAGUAUCGCCUGGCGGACCAGGAAGGGUACGCCAUGGAGGGGAGCUCUUCGGCAAGCUGUACGACAAUCGGUGAGGACGGCCAAGUAAGCUUGGGCUCUAGCAAAUGGAUCAAUGACUCCCAUUUGGAAAUCGCCCGCCUCAUUACCGAUCUGGCCGAACAGGAGCACUUCAAGCUCUGCGUCUCAAGCCGGGAAUUGGCCCCUUUCAAAGCAGCGUUCAGGGACUACCCAGGUCUACGCGUGCACCUGCAGACGCAAGAGUUCAUCGUCCAGUACUGCAGAGACCGACUAGACAACGUCGCGCCUGGGAUAUCCGAUAGCCAGGUUCCCUUGUGCCAGGAAGUGGCCCGCAAGUCGCGCGGCGACAUCCUCUGGGCGCGUCUGGCCAUGGACAUACUAAUGGAAGGGUCUCUGAAGAGGCUGAAGAGCACGCUGGAGACGCUGCCAACGCAGCUGUUUGGGGCCAACGGCAUCUACAUGCGCAUGGUACAGGAUCUUGCCCCCCACCAACAGCGCGCGGCCUGCAGGAUCAUUCACAUCAUACUCAAAGCCCAAGAGCCGCCCUCGCUUGUCACCCUGGCCUUCGCAGAGGAGGGAUAUCUAGCCGGGCCUAAACAGCAACAGAAGCAUCCGAGCGUAGGCGAGCUGGCCAUCGCCCACGACAGGCUACAGCCGAUGACGCUGCAGGACCUGGGAAGCAUUGCCGACCGCAUGGAGCGCCGCCUGGCGACGUGCUGCGCCGGCCUGCUCGAGGCGCGCGAGAAGGACCAUCGCGUCGUGUUCAUGCACCUGACGGCCAAGGAGUUCAUUUUCAAGGGCGAUAUCUGGGACAAGCUCAACGUGACGCCGCCCAACAAGAUCGAGGUGUACUACUCGCUGAUGAGCGGGACCCUGCGGUACCUGCGAUGUCUGCCGCUGCUGCGCCCUAUCGUGACGAGGGGCCCCAAACCAAAGUUCACAGCGGAAGCCUGGGUCUGCAUCUCCAGCAUCCUGCGGUAUGCCGAACAAGGCAGCGACGAGUCAUUCGACCCGGUGGCCUACUGCGAGCUGCUAGACGAGCUGGACCUCACCUGCCAUGAGCUGUGGACUCAACAAGGAGCAGCCAAGGGAACAGAUACCGCCCAUCACCACUGGUCCAGCUUUGAACCCAUGGAGCUCGGCCCCUCACCUCGCCGGAAAGACUUCCUCGCCCUCGCCAUCCAGGCCAACCUCUUCCACUACGUCUCGACCAAACUCGCGCGUCUCGAUCCGGCCGCCCGCCGCGCUACGGCCCAGUACUUGCUCGAGUACGCCGUGUGUCCAUCGGAGGAUAGCCACGGGCCCUCGCACUCGGCCUGCAUGUCGCGCACGGGCAACUACCGCGACUUCCAUCAUCAUAUGCCGACGUCGCAGUUGGCUGACUUGCUGUUUGCGUAUGGCGCCACCGCAAUGCCGACAGAGGAUGGAAGCGAGGAGACGUGGGCGCGCACGGUGAGGCUGGGACCCGUGUUCUUCCCGGCCCGCGGCGAGGCCGGGCUGAGUCUGGCAACGACUAGAGAGCUGGACCAUAUGCGUGAGCAGGACCGCCGGCGGUGGAUCAAGGCUGUUAAGGGGAUGUUGGCGCAUGGGGCGGAUCCGCGUUUGCAGGUGGACAUGAGGGGCGGGGGUAGGGAUGGCGACGAUGGUUGGAGAGGAGGAGGUGAAGAUGGGGGAGAGGAGAAUGGAAGGCUGGGGGAUAGGGGGUCAGUGAAGAUGCAGACUGCGCUUGAGGCGGUGCGGGAGUUGCUGGAUGGCGACCGCGGAUUUGGGCAGGACUUGAUAGAGAUCGAGGCGCUUGCUUGUGGGUUGGCCAUGUGA